AUGGUAGGAGUCCGCGGCAAGUACAAGGGGUGCGAGACAUGCAGGGCUCGCAGAGUCAAGUGCGACAACGAACGACCACACUGCCGGAAAUGUAUCGACAGCGGCCGCGAGUGUGCUGGCUACGAACGAGAAAUGGUCUUCAUCACCGCGACCAUAGACGACGCCGGCCGCUGCUCGUCACAUCCGCCGCGCCAGGUGCAGCCGUCAUCUUCGAGGAGGACCGAGAGGAGCCAAAACGUGGGAGACGAGGUUCCCCGCUUGGUACCGACAGAGCCCUUGAUGCCGGCGUGGGAUGAUUUGGUCUCCGUAUCCGACAACGGCAUCGUGUACUCGAUACAGAUCGCGGCGUUGCAUACCAGGUUUCACAAUAUCAUGAAGGGACCUGAGGGGCAGAGCCAAGUGAAAUUCCGGAUGGCCCUACCACCAUACUCGCCCGUUGACAUGGAGACGUGGGACAAUGGGUGUGACAUGGACCUGAACGCGCAGAACAUGGCCAGUCUGCUGCCAUCCGGGAACGACAACGGAGUCCCGGAAGGCAUCUGCGUAUUUUUGUUCGAGCAAAACCCAGCAUUCCUGGUAACCAACGGCACUACUUCUUGGAGUGUUCCGCAAGAGCAUAUGGACGUCGUUAAAAAACUUGGCCCGGGACACUUUCGCCAAUUCCCGGCCCACCACUAUUUUGUCAGAGUGUAUAGGUGUAACGCUAUCGUACUCGCUCUUUUACACCGAAAGACGACAUUUUUGUCUUCGUUUGAAUGGUGCACCAUACCAUGGCAGCAGCACCCCAAGACGUUUCUUGACAGGCUCUUUGACAUAAUUGCCGGCUUGCCUGGCAUAUUCUCCCGAGUCGACCAAACGAUACCCUUUGCUGCAACGUUGCAACGCCGGCUAAAGGCCCAGGAAUUGCUGGAGAGCUGCCUGCAAAUCGAACGGAGGCUGGAGGAGUGGGAGUCGUACGCCCGCGCACCCACGGCCGAGCACCCUUACGCGUACUGGAUAGAAGAGCCGGACGAUCCAGACGUACAGCAGCUACCAUUUGCAGACAACUUUGCCUUCAAGGAUGGUGUGUCGUCUGUCAUGUUUCUGUAUCACUGGAUGACGCUACUGCUCCUUCACCGCUGCAUCGAGUGCCUGCACCAUACCAUCUUCCAGCCCGUCAUCGAGGACUUUCCCAACAUGUACCCUGACCUGCCUCCGAAUCUGCAGAUCAACCUGGCCAGGUAUCAACAGCGGCGGGAGUUUGCGUCAAGAAUCUGCAGGGCAUUGGACUUUGCGCUAUCGACCACCGUUCAGCCGGACAUGCUGGUUGCUCCGCUAGCCGUGGCCGUGGAGUAUUAUCGCGAGAUCAACGCGUCUUCAAGGGACGGCGAACUGGAGAUCAUGUGGUGCGAGAACUUCAAGCUGCGCUUAAUCUCCAAGGGCCACGACAUCGCCAACGUCCUACAGAGCAGAUCGUGGGCCGAUAUUGCUAGGUUUUGA